AUGGGGGUUUGGAAGAAUCUCAAACACCCCAAUAUUGUUCAGUCCAUUGGUUAUGCAAUAGAGAUGGAGGUCCAAGGAAUAAAUGCUGCUCUUGUGUUGGAAUGGUGUGCAAAUGGCACUGUUGUCAAGUAUCUGGAGCAGAACCCUGCUGCCCACCAUGUAAUGCUAGGAUGGCAAUACCUCCAUGGUCAUGACCCUGUCAUCCUGCAUGCAGAUCUUAAACCACUAUUGCUCCUCAUCAGAAUUGUCCAGCUCAAUAUCAUGAUCAACAACCUGGGAUGUGCACAGUUGUGUGAUUCUGGACUAUCUUGUAUUCUUGAUGGUCUUCAGACAGGGCAUACCACUUCUGUCCCAGGGGGGAUGCUCCAAUUCCUGGUGCCAGAAUUAUUAGGAGCCAAUCCACAUGCCACCACAAAGAGUGAUGUCUACACUUUUGGGUGUACAUACAUACAAGUGAGUGGAAGUGCUCAAAGAUCAACAUUGGGUCACAAAGAUUCUCUUCAAUCACCUUCCAUACAACUGGCUAAAACUGGAGGUUGA